UCGGCUAAAAAAUCACUAUCCAAUAAAUAUCAUCACAUUCGAGGAGAGCUGUAACCUCUCUCUCUCUCUCUCUCUCUCUCUCAUAUGGCUGGUCCGGAUGCCGGCAACAUGACGUCAGAUAAGUUGCAGCCUGACACUCCGGCGACAAAAUCCGAACUAGAAUUAAACGAUUCUCCAAUCGAGCAAGUCCGGCUUACGGUCUCUACAACCGACGAUCCAACGCUGCCGGCCUUAACAUUCCGAACAUGGGUUCUGGGCCUUAUUUCAUGUGCCACGCUGGCAUUUUUAAACCAAUUUUUCGGAUACCGUCAAAAUGCGCUCUAUGUAUCGUCAGUAUCGGCCCAGAUCGCGGUCCUCCCGAUCGGACGGCUGAUGGCAGCCACCCUCCCUACAAAACCCAUCAGAGUUCCAAUGACUAGAUGGACGGUUGUGCUGAAUCCGGGCCCAUUCAACUUAAAAGAGCAUGUGCUUAUUACAAUCUUUGCAAACUCAGGCUCUAAUUCGGUUUAUGCCGUUGGUAUUAUUACAAUAGUGAAAGCUUUCUACCGUAGGAAACUCAAUCCGCUGGCAGCAAUGUUGCUGACACAGACUACACAGAUGUUGGGAUAUGGAUGGGCUGGAUUAUUUAGGAAAUACCUUGUGGAUUCUCCCUACAUGUGGUGGCCUUCAAACCUUGUUCAAGUAUCACUAUUUAGGGCAUUGCAUGAAGUGGAAAUGCGACCCAAGGGCGGACAAACAAGGCUACAGUUCUUCUUGAUGGUCUUGAUCACAAGCUUCGCUUAUUACAUUAUCCCUAACUAUUUAUUUCCAUCCAUAACUGCCCUCUCAUUCAUCUGUUGGAUAUGGAAGGAUUCCAUCACAGCCCAACAGAUUGGCUCCGGUCUUCAUGGGCUUGGAAUUGGCUCAUUUGGGUUCGAUUGGUCGACUGUAGCUGGAUUCUUAGGAAGUCCCUUAGCAACCCCUGCAUUCGCCAUUGUUAACAUAAUGGUUGGAUUCUUCUUCUACGCCUAUGUACUUAUCCCCUUCGCUUAUUGGACUAACUUAUUUGAAGCGAAGCGGUUCCCAAUCUUCUCUUCCCAUGGCUUCGAUGCCAAUGGUCAAACUUAUAAUACUUCACGGGUUUUAGAUGAGAAGAACUUUAAAUUUGACAGCCAAGGGUAUGAGAGCUACAGCAAAAUUCAUCUAAGUAUCUUCUUCGUCUUUGCGUAUGGCUUGAAUUUUGCAACUCUAACAGCGACCCUUUCGCAUGUAGCCCUCUUCCAUGGAAGGACAAUUCUACAGCUCUGGCGUCAGACGAUGACAACAGCCCGUGAUCAAGUGAGUGAUAUUCACACAAGAUUGAUGAAGAAGAACUACGAAGUAGUUCCUCAAUGGUGGUUUUAUGCCAUCUUAAUUUCAAUGAUCGCUCUCGCCACCUUGGCUUGCCAAGGUUUCGACAAGCAACUACAGCUCCCAUUGUGGGGGAUCUUCCUCGCAUGUGCCCUGGCUCUAUUUUUCACCCUGCCCAUUGGGAUUAUAACAGCUACUACAAACCAGCAACCGGGGCUAAACGUGAUAACGGAGCUGGUAAUCGGGUAUCUAUACCCGGGUAGGCCACUUGCUAAUGUGGUUUUCAAGACAUAUGGAUAUAUAAGCAUGACACAGGCUAUCAUGUUUCUUGGGGAUUUCAAGCUGGGCCACUACAUGAAGAUUCCUCCAAAAUCUAUGUUCGUUGUACAGUUGGUGGGUACGGUCGUCGCAUCCUCAGUCUACUUCGGCACGACAUGGUGGCUGCUAACGACCGUCGAUCACAUAUGCGAUCCAGCCAAUCUCCCUGAAGGAAGCCCGUGGACGUGCCCCGGCGAUGACGUGUUCUACAAUGCAUCCAUCAUCUGGGGCCUGGUGGGCCCACUUCGCAUGUUCGGCCGUCUGGGCAUCUACCCAAAGAUGAACUACUUCUUCCUCAUUGGACUGCUGGCACCAGUACCCGUGUGGCUGAUGGCCCAAGCAUUCCCCGGUCGGGAUUGGAUCAGGCUCAUCAACAUGCCCAUCAUCUUUGGGGCCACAUCCGGCAUGCCCCCAACAAGGGCUGUGAACUUUCUAGCGUGGGGGACGGUGGGCCUCUUCUUCAACGUGUAUGUGUACCGUAGAUUCAAAGGAUGGUGGGCCAGGCACAACUACAUACUAUCAGCUGGUUUGGAUGCUGGGGUUGCUUUCAUGGGCAUAUUGACUUACUUUGCUCUUCAAGUGCAGGAUAUUAAUGGGAUGAAAUGGUGGGGUUUGGAUUUGGAUGAUCAUUGCCCCCUGGCCCACUGCCCUACGGCUAAGGGGAUAGUGGUUGAUGGGUGCCCAACCGUUCAGUAAAAUGUUCAGGGCAUUGAUGGAUAUUUGGACGGUUUGGAUCUCAUGAUGAUAUGCCAAGCAGGGUGAUGGGGAUCAUGGUUGUUGGGAUGGGCCAUGAUCUUAUACAAGGAACUGGACUGUACAUUGAGUGGGGCCCACAAUGAUGGGCCGUGGACUCUGACUUGAUCAAGCCGGAUGCAGUUCAGCACCAUGAAUUAGCAUUGAAAAUAUGAUGUUUUAUGGGAUUGUAGGAUAAAAUGUAUGAAUGUUAGAUUAAUUAAAUAUUGGAUAGCUUUUUGUGUGA